CACUGACCACUGCAGAGCACUCAGGAUGCGCCGAGUGUCUGGGACCCUUCGGGGCCGGGCGAGGCCCCGGGGGCGUGCAGGGAACACAACGCCGCCAGUCCCAGGAAACCAGACAGGCACAUGUGCUCAGCUCCAUCCACCCCCUAAAGGCACCUUGCAAGUUGUCCGUGGAGAUGGCACUUCACUGGGGACUGUGCUCAUAUUCCAUUGCCCCUCUGGCCACCAGAUGGUGGGGUCUGGCCUCCUUACUUGCGCCUGGAAUGGGAGCACUGCUGACUGGUCUUCAGGAAGCCCUGUGUGCAAAGCUGUGCCGCCGCACGAGACCUUUGGCUUCAAGGUGGCAGUGAUCGCCUCCAUUGUGAGCUGUGCCAUCAUCCUGCUCAUGUCCAUGGCCUUCCUCACCUGCUGCCUCCUCAAGUGUGUACAGAAGAGUGAGCAGCGGCGUGCUGACAGGACAGCUCAGCUGUGGUACCAGCUGAGAGGCGAGGACCUGGAGACCGUACAGGCUGCCUACUUGGGCCUCAAGGGACACAACCACAAUAACAGCAGCAGCGUCGUCGGUGGUGGCAGUGGUGGCUCCAGUGGUGGUGGCGGCAAGCCAGGGAUUCAGCACAGCCAGGCUCACGACAACCACAGCUUCACCACAGACCUCAGCGACAUCAGAGAGCAGCCCGGUGUGCCCCGCAGUGUGGACAAAGACCCUUGGAUUUUCAAGAUGGGAGCUCCGAGCCCUGGUGGCUCCUCCAGCUCUCCACACACCUACGUGAUGGUCCACGCAAUGAACUCUGCAGGGCUGGCCCCUGGAAACCCCACGAGGCCCAAAGCGUACCUUCCGGGGUGACCCCACUAGCCAGAGGCCUGCAACUCAACAUUUGCCCGGCUGGAUGUCGACCAGGGUAGUCACCUCCAGGUAUAGGGGCCUUUGGGAGCCUAGCUGACGUUAAAGGCUGGGGCUCCAGUGGGGAACAGUCGUUCCUGGAGGAGACCUCUGUGGCCGUUACGGGACCUGCUCAUUGAACUGCUACUGGGGUGCGGUCCCAAAGAAGUCAACACAACCAGGGUUCUUCUUAGAGAGACAGACAUUUUAAGCAGAUAUAGUUUUGCGUAGUAGACUAUGAAAAUAUUAAUAAAGUACGAUCAGCACUGCA